UAAAGAAUAUCAAAAGGAUGAAGAAGCUUUCUUGUUUUGGUAACAAGGUGGAACACAGCCUGCCCAGCAUUCAAAAACAUUCUUGCCUCCUCCAAUCUCGCCACCCUGUGGCAUCUUCCCUCCUCCGCAACCUGGCCCGCCGAGCCAACUCUUUCUGGACUCAACUAGCUUACUUCUUCCUCGUCUCCGCGAUCGGCUAUUGGGCACUAAAGCUUUGCGAGCCCAAAUCGCCCUCCUACAAGCCUCGUGACCUCGACAUAUUCUUCACCUCUGUCUCUGCAACCACAGCCUCAAGCAUGUCCACCGUGGAAAUGGAGGCCUUCUCCAACUCCCAGCUCAUCAUCAUUAUCCUCCUUAUGCUCUUCGGCGGGGAGGUCUUCACUUCCAUGCUCGGGCUUUAUCUCUCAAGGUCCGAAUUCGCAGGACGCGAUCAUCGCAAGGUCAAUUCUGCCGUUUCUGACCACUCCGACAACAAUAUCGAACUCAAACUUCCUCCUCUCCACCCGGUCAAAGAGGCCAAUACCUUCAAAUUCGACCCUGAAAUGAAAGGGAUACCAUUGAAGCCAGCUCCGUGUGGCGAGGGUCUCGUCAAGUACAGGGCAGCUAAGUACUUGAGCUACGUAGUCCUAGCUUACCUCAUCAUAGUCCACGCAGGCGGCUCGACUUUGCUUUCUGUGUACAUAAGCGUCGUUCCAAGCGCGAGGAAAGUCCUUCGGGACAAAGGGCUCGCCGUGCAGAUGUUCUCCGUGUUCAUGACAGUGUCAACAUUCGCCAACUGCGGCUUUGUCCCCUUGAACGAGAACAUGUUGGCCUUCAAGCACAACCCGGGCCUCCUGUGGUUGCUCCUUCCACAGGUCCUCCUCGGUAACACGCUCUAUCCCCCGUGUCUCAUGGCAGCAAUCUGGCUCCUUAAGUGGGUAACGGGGCGAGCCGAGUUUGACUACAUGCUGAGGAAUUCCGGGGAGAUGGGGUACGCGCACUUGCUUCCGGGUUUUCACUGCCUUUGCCUGGCCGCCACUGUGUGCAAGUUCCUAUUGGUGCAGUUCGUGGCUCUUUGCUGCAUGGAGUGGGGUUCACCGGCCAUGGAGGGCCUGAGUCCGUACGAGAAGCUCGUGGGGGCUCUGUUUGAGGCCGCGAACACCAGACACGCCGGCGAGUCCGUCUUCGAUCUCUCCAUCAUUUCUCCGGCAAUUUUGGUGCUCUUCGUCCUGAUGAUGUAUCUUCCAACACAUACUUCAUUUCUUCCAGUAAGAAAUGUCAAGACGGCACCAAAAAUUCAAAGAGAUGAGCCUAGGAGGCACUUGUUGACACGCUUGAUGUUUUCGCAGCUGUCAUAUUUAGUGAUCUUCAUUAUUCUCAUCUGCAUUACCGAGAGAGAGUAUUUGAAGAAUGACCCGCUCAACUUCAAUGUCAUGAACAUCACGAUAGAAACAAUAAGCGCCUAUGGGAAUGUUGGAUUUUCGAUAGGCUAUAGCUGCAAAAGGAGGCUACACACAGACAGCCCCUGCAGGGACGCUGCAUACGGACUUGUAGGAAGAUGGAGCAACAAAGGCAAGUUCAUUCUGAUAAUAGUCAUGUUCUUUGGAAGGUUGAAGAAAUUUAACAUGAAAGGUGGUGCUGCUUGGAGCUUGUCUUAGCAUAUUCUUACAAUGCACGUUCCUCAAGUUAGAAAGAGAGGUCGGGUCAACAAUGUAACAUAGUCUCGUAUCCGUGUAGAAUCCACAAAUUUUGGUUAAUGUUCUGUACCUUCAAGUGGUUAAAAAUUGACCGUCCGUUAUCUUACUUGGGAAGAGGAAGCAAGGGGCGGUAAUGUCCGUUCUGGGUUUGCUGUGACUUAUUACUGGUUUAUAUAAUUGGUAUGUUGAAUGAUGUGUCAGUUUGUUACUAGUUCUUGAAUAUGACCCAUUUA